GAACACUAACAGUGAUGUGAGAUUCAUUUCUGUUGAAUGCAUGUAUUAUUUUAGCAGCUUUAAAGUGUUUUGCCUGCUGGCCUUUCUUAAAAGUGUUGCAACUUGUAUGACGUAAAUUCAUAUCUUGUUCAUCAACAGUUUCUCAGAAAACGUAUGCUGUUGAUUUGUUGAGUUGUGUUGUGUUCUCAACCACAAGUGAGAUGGGAGGAAAGUGUCAAAGGAAGUGUUUUUCUGCUAUAUCACUCUGAUGUUAUCAUUCUUCUUCUAAACCUGAGCUUCACAUUGAGAAACCGUACGAGAGAGAAAACCACUGAGGUUCAAACAGCAUGUGCUCCACACCGACUAGUUACAGAUCUACAGAAUUCACAUUCAUGAACUCCUGGUUUUCUUUGGCUGCUGAGGUUGUUUCAAGCUUUUUUCUUUUAAAAUCACUUCACCUGAUUUCACCUUGCAGAUGAGAAGAUGAACAGCAAGAGAUCUGUGUGCGUCUUGAUGUGUGUCUUCUGCUUCUGCUUCUGCUGUGCUUUGGGCACUUUCAGCGUUCAAGAGCUGACGGUGACUCCGACAGAGCUGAAGGAUUGUGAGGAGCAGAAGAAGCUGUGUGUGAUGUCCAGCACAGACUGUCGCUAUAUGGCUUUAGAUCGAGUUCCCAGAAUCCCUGAGAACUUCCUGAACACAUCGUGUCACUAUCUGAUCCAUGAGGAUUCGUUGACAUGCAGAUGGAUUCAGACAAAAGACGUCAGAUCAAAAACCAUCAGCAGCUUUAUUUUUAGCCGAGUCAGGGACAUCUUCCACUGUCCUUCCAUUUUAAACAUGUAUUCAACUUUCAAUUUAACCAUCAAAUCAAAGAGCGUCAUCAACCAGAGAGAGCAGUUCUCUGACGUCUAUCCGCUUUUCAUUAAAGAUAUAAUUCAGGCUCCUCGGCCGCUGAUAACAUCUGUUAACGUCACUGACUCGUCAAUCAAGAUUACAUGGACCAGCGGGAAAAUACCACUAAACAUCACUAAAUGCAAAAUCCGCUACAAGCUUCUCGACACAGAGUCAUGGACAGAGACAGCUUCAGUGGAGUCUCAGCUGGUGAUCGAGGGUUUGCAGGCCUUCAGUGAGUUUGCUCUGAGCGUCUCCUGCUUUCACGGAUUCGGCCGAUGGAGCGACUGGAGCCACGAGACUCGAGUGAAGACCGCAGAGAGCCCGCCGUCUGCUGCUCUCUCUUUCAGUUAUUAUGUGGAUUCAGAUGAAAACGCUGGGAUUCGGUGGCUGGUGCUUCUCUGGAAGGCUUUGGACAUCACAGACGCUCGAGGACUCAUUCGAGGAUAUGAAGUGUCCUACAUGCCCAUCAGACAGCCCUCUCUGAAGAAAACCAUGAACACCACUCAUCUCAAGGCAGUUGUUCCGGUGCGGUCAGAGGAAUAUGAGGUCUCUGUUUGUGCCUAUAACAGCGCCGGACGCUCGCCGUACCGCCGGCUCACGGUCAAUCCAUCUCGUCCUCACGAUGUUCCGGCGGUGAAGAGUCUCUGGGUUUAUUCUGACGGUUCUUCACUGUGGAUCCGCUGGGAACACCAGUUUACCACGGUAAACGUCAGCGAGUUCGCCAUCGAAUGGAGCUCCACGACCAACAGUGAGCACAGACACUGGGAACGGGUCAACGGAUCUACCUUCACAGUCCGGCUGCCAGGCAUUGAAGCGCAGCAGAUGUACAUCAUCAGCGUGUUUCCCGUCUACGAGUCUCUCUGCGGACCACCGACCAACAUCUCUGCGGAUCUACAGCACGGCGCUCUGUGGGAUCUGGUGGGGUUUGGUCUGCUGAGUGUGUCGAGCUCGUCUGUGGUGCUGCGGUGGAGCUGGAAGGAGGCAAAGCCUGGCGUCAGUGUGCUUCAGUACAGACUGGUGUUAAACGGACCCAACGAGACUCAGACUCUCACAGUCUUUCCUGACAAACAUCAGCAUUCAUUCCUCCGCCUCCAUCCAAACACCAGAUACUCAGUCCAGAUACACGGAGAAACUACAGACGGGAACUUCACAAAGGCCAGUCUGGCCAUCAACACACUUCUGCUGGAUUAUGAUGAGAUGAUGAGGUUUGCCGUUCCAGCCGUUCUGCUGCUGCUCAUCUUUGGGAUUUUCUCUGUUUUAUCAAGGACCAUGUGCAGGGAAUAUUUCUUCCCCAUCAUCGCCAAUCCGAGGUACAGUCCGAUCGGACGCUGGCUUCUCAACCCGCACCUUCAGCAGGGCAGUGGUAAGAUCUGCGUGCUGAAGCUGGACGGUUUGAUCCUGAUGGACCAGCAGAUGGAGAAGAGCACCGUGCAGGUGGAGCGUCACGUGUCUGUGGUAUCUGAUCACGAGGAUGAGGUUCCUCUGAAGAUCUCUGCGACGGCUGAAGAUACAGCUCUGUGGAAACCUGGAUCAGAUUAUGGGGAAAACGCUCUGACUCCCUCCAGUCUGACUGAUUAUAUAGAUUUACCCUUAUUACCCGACAGCUCAGGUUAUGUUCAGACGGGACAGAUUCCCGGAGAGAGAAGCUCAGACUGAAACCUGCACUGAUCUGAUGUGAAAAACCAGCCGAUUUCAAAAUGAUUUUUUGUCUUGUUUUCUAGUAUAAAUAUCUAAACAUUCUUGAAUCAAGAUGUAUUUACUGUACAAGUAAAAUGAUUUAAGAUAUUAAGUCUUGUUUU